AUGUGGCUCGGCCGAACAGCAUGUCUCACGAUUAUUGUCAGUUUUCUGAUUGUCUGCGUCAAGAAUUGCGCGUCGCUCACCUGUCUGACAUGCAUGUACACCUCAUCGACGACGCAGCUCGACAAUUUCCGCGUCUCGACGCGGCUAUCGCAUCCGCAAUGUCUGAUGGAGCCGAUCAAGUGCGAUCGCGAUCAGGACGUCUGCGUCACAAUCACAAUGCAUAUCGGUGGCGGCGACUAUUGGAUGGGCGCCGGAUGCGAUCGACGAAUCAACUUCCAACACAUGUCAUGCCAAAAUGUUCGAACAAUGUCGAGAAAUGUACAAUUAGGCUACGUUCAAGAGCGCCGCUCAAUGCAACGCGUGUGCGUUUGCGCGCGUGAUCUAUGCAACAAUUCUCGCGCCAAAACUGCCAAUCUCAUCGCCACAAUGCUUCUUCUCAUCCUCAACUUUCUCUGA